AUGAAAACAAAAUUUUGUUUUCAAAUAUGUUUCACAGCAAUACUCGGGAUAAUUGGAAAUACAGCGUUUUGUGCACCUUUACAUUUGAACAUCUUAAACAAAGAGACUCCUUUAGAAGAAUCACGAAACUUGGCUACGACAAGUUAUUCACAUAAUUUAAAAGAAAUGACUUCAGCCAAGAAUGAAGUUUAUCAUCUCUUUGAGCCACAACUGAUCACCUUUCUAUUCAGAAAAUUAUUAACCAGGACCCAUGAUUGGAAAGAACACAUGAGGCAUGUGGCAGAUAACUUUGUGUCAAGUUAUUUCAAUCCAGACAACUCUUCAGUACCAUCUAAACUUUGUAAAGCAGGAAAGGAAGCAGCUAUUCAAGCUCCGCAUUUCACCCCAGUAUCAUAUAAAUUAGGGAAAAAGAACCAUAAGCGAAAUGUUAACAAACAAACCUCUCAUGAAGAAGAAAUUAAAAAACCAUUCAAUUUUUCUCCUAUGGUCCAGUUUAUACCAGCAAGUUUGGAUUUAUCAAACAAAAUUAUGUUUUAUCAGCCUCAGCUAAUAAUCAAUGGAUCAGUCUAUAUUGAACAGAAGAAGGAUCCCAAGCCAACACAGAUGCAGGAAAUGUUAAAUUUCAAUCUAAACAGAAGUAAUACUUCCAAUGCUAAUAAUACCUAA